AUGUUUACGAGAUUACUAUGUCUUGUUAUCACGUCGAGUCUACCAUUUAUAUUCACAUUAACCGGUGAUUUUGUUUUUGACGAUUCUGAAGCAAUCGUUAAAAACAAAGAUGUUGUCUCAGACUCCUGGUUAAAUCCCUUUGGUAAUGACUUUUGGGGAACCAAUAUCAAAAGCAAUUUAAGUCAUAAAUCCUAUCGGCCUUUGACAAUAAUCUCUUUUAGAUUAAAUUAUUUUUUAAAUGGCACACUAUCUCCUUUUUAUUUUAAAGUCACAAAUCUCGUUUGUCAUAUAAUAUGUUGUAUACUUGUAUGGAUAACAUAUGACUGUAUUUGGAAAAGGAUGAAGAUGAAAAAUAACAUCUUGAAUGUACCAUUUCUAGCAGCAAUUAUGUUCAGUGUACAUCCAAUUCAUGUGGAGGCAGUAAGUGGUGCCGUUGGUAGAGCAGACAUUUUAGCUGCCAUAACAUUCCUUUUGUCAUUCCUACUAUAUGAUAAAGCAUUUAAUAUUAAAAGUAUGACAAAUAUUUAUUUACUUCUCAGUAUUAUAAUAGCAGGAGUUUCAAUGCUGUUUAAGGAAAAUGGAAUAACAGUGUUGGGUUUCUGCUGCAUCUAUGACUUAGUUACCCAUACGAGAGUGAAAACAAUGGGAAAAUUAAAAACAAAAGACAUUUUACGUAAUUUUUCAAAUAGAAAAAUUGGCAUUAAAUGUGUUUAUAGAAUAGCUUGUACAAUGUUCUCUGCAAUGCUGUUAUUGUAUGCGCGAUGGAGUGUAAUGGGAGGUACAAGACCUGAAUUUAAUGCAACUGAUAAUCCAACAGCUUUCAGUGACAAUAUAUUUACUAAGUUAGCAACAUAUAAUUAUAUUUAUUUCCUUAACAUACUUCUAUUAACAUGGCCUCAAUGGCUGUGCUAUGAUUGGUCAAUGGGAUGUAUACCUCUUCUAAAAAAUUUCACGGAUCAUAGAGUUUUUUUGGUGUUAUUGUUAUACACUUAUGCAAUAUUAUAUAUUGCGUCUAUUGUAAGAGUAAAAAGCACAAAUUCAAUUAUGAGAAUUAAAUUAUUAGCAAUAUCUUUGUUGAUAAUUCCUUUUUUACCAGCUGCUAAUAUUGUGUAUCCAGUUGGCUUUGUUAUUGCUGAAAGAAUUCUUUACAUUCCAUCCAUUGGUUAUUGUUUUCUUAUUUCUAUUGGAUUAUAUAAAAUAUCAAAACUAAAUUACAAAUACUAUAAGGUUUUAUCAGUACUAUAUGUCUGUAGUAUAUGUUUCUUUGCUUUAAGAAGUUGGCAAAGAUCAUAUGACUGGCAAAAUGAAUAUCAACUUUUCACAAAUGCUUUGUCUAUUUGUCCUUUAAAUGCAAAAGUUCAUUACAAUGUUGCGAAAGUUGCUGAUGCCAAAGAUAACAUAGACUGGGCUUUACAAGAAUAUGAAGAAGCUAUCAGAUUAUACCCAGAAUAUAUUCAAGCCAUGAAUAAUUUAGCAAAUUUAUUAAAAAAUCAAAAAAAGUAUUCAGAUGCAGAAUAUCAUUUAAGAAAUGCUCUCCAUCACAAACAGGAUUUUCCAGCUGCAUGGAUGAAUUUAGGAAUCAUAUUAGCUCAUACAGGUCGUUAUAUUGAAUCUAAAUAUGCUUACAAGACUGCACUUCGAUAUAGAAAGCAUUAUCCAGAUUGUUACUAUAAUUUAGGAAAUUUGUACUUACAACUAAAUAAAACUGAAACUGCUUUAGAAAAUUGGUUCCAUGCGAUCAAUUUAAACCCCAAACAUGUCUCUGCUUGGACUAACUUACUGGCAUAUUUGGAUAAUACAGGACAAAUAGAGAAGGCUUUACAAAUAAUACCAAAAGCACUCGAGGAAUUACCCGAUAUACCAGUUAUUAACUUUGCAAUUGCGAAUAUUUAUGGAAAGAUUGAUAAAUAUGAUGAAGCUGAAGAAUAUUUUCUUAAAGCUAUUAAACUAUUUAAAAAUCGCGUUCAAGCUAUACAUUACGCAAACCUUGGAGUUUUAUAUCAUCGAUGGAAAAAAUAUGACUCAGCAAUACAAAUGUAUAAAAUGGCUUUAAAAAUUGAUUCCAAAUUUUCCAGCGCUCUUAAAAAUCUCCGUAAUUUAAAAAGAAUAAAAAAUAAAGAGUAAAAAAAAUUGUUCUAUCUUUAAA